AUGGUCAACGAUGCUCUUUCGAAGACACGGCCAGACUCCCAAGCGCAGUUGCCAGGCGGCACAACCCCCAACACUCCAAAGAUGACGUCUGAUGCCACGGCCCUCCAGGCAUCCUUAUCCGAACUUGAAUGUGAUGUUGCCUACCCCGACUUCCUGGACCCCGUGCAUGAGGCCCUAAAGCUGAGUAACAAGUGGAGCCUCGUUGCUAUCCAACACUCAGUUGUAGCCUGGGUGCGUCUGCGUAACGACGUCGAGGGAAGUGGGGUACUUUCGUGUGAUGACGGGGCUCGGAAGUUCCGCAAGCUCGACUCCCUCCUUCAGGAAGAGGUCUUGUGCACCUGCUAUGCGUUCCUCGGCAAGGACGAUGUUGCAGACUUUGGGAUGGUUGAUCAGCUCAUUCGCGAGCAAUGCGAGUCGAAGAAAGACAUGCCGCUGCUGAGUUCGCACUUGCAGAAGGUGAACUGUGCAGCUGAACAAAAAAUACUCUGCUCGGCUCCACGCGGACAGCAACAACUGUGGCCCAGCGCCAUUAUCGCACUCGGUCCGUACUCCAGCGGAGGUCUCUGGCUGUACGACCCACAGAGUUGA